AUGGCGGAAGAAACAUUCGAAGAUGUAUUAUGCGCGAUUGAAGGAUUGAAAAGACCAGCACAUGCAGCAUUUAAGGCAGGAAAGUUUUUGUGUCCAAAUAAAUUGUGUGUUGAGAAGUUUUUUGAAGAGAGUGGCAUUCAACAUCAUUAUCGUUUGAAACACAAUGCGGAUUUCACACAGACUGACCGCCAAGAAUCCGUAAGGAUGCGGAGACUUUUACACGAGAAAGAAACCAAGGCAUGUCUUGAGCAGUUAUUCAAAGUCCGUCUUUCAAAGGAACACCAUUCUCAAACUGUAAUCAAGGCAAACCAACCUUGUGAAGUUGAUGUGGAAUGUGAAGCUUUAGAGGUGAAGUUCAACUGUUGGUACAUAAAGAAGAAGGAAGGCUCAAGUUGUGUCACAUUUAAGCUGGAAGCUUUCUAUGUCAAACGGGGUCUAAGAUUAAACUCUGAAAUUCUGCCUAGCAACACAACAUUGGCAACCUGCUCUUCAGCAGGUGAUGUGAUGACUCCUGAAUGUGAAGAUCCUCUUCUGUAUGUCCUGCAAAAUGUUUUUCACCAUGAUAAUUUCAAAAGUAACCAGAGAGAAAUAGUUCAAUCGGUAUUAAACAACAAGGAUGUUCUUGCUAUUGUACCAACUGGUGAUGGGAAGUCCAUGUCUUAUUGGAUUCCUGGGAUUGUGAAUUCUGGUGUGACAGUUGUCGUUACGCCACUGAUUGCUUUGUUGCAUGAUCAAGUGAAAACAUUGAAGCACCAUGGCAUACCAGUCUGUUAUGUGACUUCAGCCUUGGCACUAGAAGAAAGAAACUCUGUCUUCCAUGAACUGACUGAAGAAAAUCCAAAAUACAAGUUUUUAUAUGUGACACCAGAGUUUGCCUUAUCAAUACAAGCUGCCACAUGUUUUGAGUCCAUGGUUGAAAACCAAACCUUGAAUAGAUUCGUCAUUGAUGAGGCACACUGUGUCAACACAUGGGGGAACACUUUCCGACCGGCAUAUGGAAAACUUCUAGAAUUGAAGAAAUUCUGCAAACCUAUAGCUGCAUUUACUGGCACCGCUACACAACAGACUGAAGAGCAUAUUAUAGAAGGAUUGGGGCUUACAGAACCAGAUGUUUUUCGAGCUUCUUGUAAUAGAAGCAAUCUAACAUUUUCAGUAAUAAAGAAUGAAAAAAAUUCUAAGGAAGAUGUGGUGCAAUACAUCAUGAAUCACCACCAAAAUCAGUGUGGCAUUGUAUACUGUCUUUCUACAAAGGAUGUUGUUGAGAUGGCAUACAUUUUUAAAACAAAAGGUUUGAAGGCUGUGUACUAUCAUGGAAAGUUAGAUCAUUUUGAGAAAGCAGAUAAUGCAAAAUCUUGGUUUGAUAACAAAGCUUUAAUAAUGUGUGCAACCAAUGCAUUUGGCAUGGGGAUUGACAAGCCAAAUGUGCGGUUUGUCAUCCACAACUCCUUACCUAGAUCCCUUGAAGAUUAUUAUCAGGAAGCAGGUAGAGCAGGAAGAGAUGGAAGUCAAUCGUCAUGCGUGAUCAUGUUUAGAUUUGCCGAUAGAAACAAGCUUAUACAAACUAUCUCUUCAGAUGAAUCACCACAAGCUGAGCAUGUCAAGAGUUCUUUGGACUCAGUCGUCUCCUAUUGCAUGUCAUCAACAUGUAGGAGAAAGUUGAUCAUGGAUUAUUUUCAUGACAAUUCCGAUGUGCAGUGUGAAAAAAAGUGUGAUAACUGUACUAAGCCCAACGAACCACUGAAGAACUACACCCAUGAUGCAGUCUCAUUAUGCGAGUGUGUCAAAGAAAUGCAGGUUUUAUCUCCUAUACUAACAGCUCGACAGAUAGCACUGACAUUUAAAGGAUCAAAAUCGAAACGUGAAGUGGAACAGAAAGGUUUCCAAAAUGUAGCACAUUAUGGAGCUGAGCGCAAUGUCUUCAAAAAUGAUGCAGAUGCUAUUACAUUUAUUCAUCACCUGAUACUUAAAGAUAUAUUGGCUGAGAAAGUUCGAACGGUUUAUAGCAAUUCAACUGCUCCAUUUGUGACACUGGGCAGUAAAGCAGGUGAUUUAAAGGAUGGACUUAUUCAGAUCUCCCUCAAUUUGUGA